CCCAAAGCUUCUAACAGGCUUUGCUACAAAUCAAAGCAAAACACCUUGUGCACAUUUCUACUUCAGCCUAGAGGUGCCAUUCUCUAAAUCUUGAAUAUUUAACCUUAGCCAUGGCUUACCACAGUUCCUUCGUCAUAGCUCUCUUCAUAGCUCUUUCCUUUUCAAGCAUGGAUUUUGGCCUAGCAGGUCGCCAUCUUUUACAAACGACUCAACCUUCUCUACCAAAUUUGCCUGGCUUUCCUACUUUGCCCAAAACAACAAUGCCACCAUUGCCAUCACUGCCACAGGGGAAUGUUCCCCCAUUGCCUACAAUACCAAAUCUGCCACAACCAUCAAUACCAACCACCCUGCCACCACUUCCAAGCAUCCCUCCAAUGCCAACAGCCUCAUUUCCUAACAUCCCCUCAAUCCCAACUGUGAUUCCCUCCAUCCCAUUUUUCUCUCCACCCCCUGCAUCCACAAGUCCUUGAGAAUGUGUAGCGGUUUCCAGUUUAUGAAGCUUGUGUAUUUGUCAAA